GUCGCGGAGCAAUGGUGCCACGCCAUGGUGCUGGAUGGUUGCCGCGCUGCGCUGAACAGGUGGCACCAGGCUGCAUCCCUCUUCCGCAGCUCCCAAGUGCUGCAGCAGAGACGACAGCUGCAGCAUGCGCGCUGCGCGCUUCGGCGAUGGCAG